CGCUCAAAUAGACGUUGGUUGCCUGUCAAUUUCGAUCGAGUUUUCUCAUCAAAUUUCAGGGUGAAAAAAGAGACCAAAAAGUCAUAAAAAAACAUAAAAGUGUAAAAGAAAAGAUGAAGUAUAUUCUAGUAGCUGGUGGGGUAAUAAGUGGGAUAGGAAAAGGAAUUGUGGCCAGUAGUAUUGGCACUGUGUUGAAGGCCCAUGGGUUAAAGGUCACGUCAAUUAAAAUUGAUCCCUACAUUAAUAUCGAUGCUGGAACCUUCUCUCCAUAUGAACAUGGAGAAGUCUUUGUACUCGACGAUGGCGGGGAGGUGGAUUUGGACCUUGGCAACUACGAAAGAUUCCUAGAUAUAACUCUCCACAAAGAUAACAACAUCACCACUGGCAAGAUAUUUCAGGAUGUCAUCAGUAAAGAGAGGAGAGGUGACUAUCUUGGAAAGACUGUUCAAGUGGUGCCACAUAUAACAGAUGCCAUUCAGGAAUGGGUCAUUAGAGUUUCAAAGAUACCGGUCGAUAAUUCCGACCAGGAGCCAGACGUCUGCAUCAUUGAGCUCGGCGGAACGAUUGGAGAUAUCGAGAGUAUGUCUUUUAUGGAGGCCUUCAGGCAGUUCCAGUUUAGGGUUCAGCACGACAACUUCUGCUGUGUCCUCGUCAGUUUGGUUCCACAGCCUAAAGAUUCUGGAGAGCAGAAGACCAAACCAACGCAGAAAACGGUGAGAGAGUUGAGAGGUCUGGGGCUGUCUCCUGAUCUGAUAUUUUGUAGAAGUCUGUCAAAGUUGACUCCACAAGCAGUUGCCAAAAUAUCUGAUUUCUGCCAUGUCUCUGCUAAUCAAGUUGUAUCAGUACCGGAUGUAUCAUCAAUAUACAGAGUACCACUGCUAUUGGAAGAACAAAAAAUAAGUCAGUAUUUCAUGGAGAGAUUAAAGUUAGAGUAUUUGAACCCAAGGCCCAAAAGAUUUUUGUACAAGUGGAAGGAGUUGGCCGAAAAGGCUGACCACCUGACUAGAGAAGUUGUCAUUUGUUUGGUGGGCAAGUACACAAAGCUGGAGGAUGCAUAUGCCAGUGUAGUGAAGGCCCUCAACCAUGCUGCCAUGGCCUGCAAUCAUAAACUUAUCCUCAAGUAUUUGGAAGCAGCUGAUUUGGAAAACGAGACGAAGCGCGAGGACCCAGUGAGGUACCAUGAAGCCUGGCAGAUACUUUGUAGUGCGCAUGGGGUCCUCAUUCCUGGAGGUUUUGGUGUCAGGGGCAUGGAAGGGAAGAUUUUGGCAGCUGGUUGGGCUAGGGAAACUAAGAAACCAUUCCUGGGCAUAUGUCUCGGUAUGCAGUGCGCUGUGAUUGAAUACUCUCGUAAUGUCCUGAACCUCAAGGGAGCAAAUUCCACCGAGGUUGACCCUAUGACUCCUCACCCUGUUGUGAUCGAGAUGCCUGAACAUCACCCCGGUCAGUUGGGCGGCACGAUGAGAUUGGGCAAGAGACGAACUGUAUUUAAAGAUGACAAGUCUCUAUUGAAAAAAUUGUAUGGUGAUGUUGAAUACAUCGAUGAAAGACAUAGGCAUAGAUAUGAGGUGAAUCCAGAGUAUGUUGAACUGUUGGAAAAAUCUGGACUACACUUUGUGGGGAAGGAUGAGGAGGGCAAGAGAAUGGAGAUCAUGGAGUUACAAGAUCAGCCAUACUACGUUGCGGUGCAGUAUCACCCAGAGUACCUAACGCGACCCUUGAAACCCUCUACGCCCUAUUUGGGCUUCAUCUUAGCCUCGUGCAACAAGCUGAACAUUUACCUUGCACAGGGCUGCCGUCUAUCCCCCUAUGUCUUGGAGGAUAAUGACGAAAGCGAGGACUAUUGUGAGGAAAUGAUGAGCUUAAAUUUAAGAAACUGCUGGUCCAGCUCUUCUUUGGGUCUCGUCGAUCAUAAUGACAGUAGUUGUAACAGCAUUUCUAAUACUACUACUGCUGCUGCCGCUGCUAAUACCUUUUCUGGUCUUACCACUAAAACUUCUGGACAGGUUAAUCUAACUUGUAAUAAUAGUAAUAAUAGUAGUAGUAGUAGUAGUGGUGAAAGUAGUAGUACUACCACUACUAAAACUACCGUUGUGAACGGAUUCUAUGCCGGUAGCUGAGGGGAUGAAUUGACAGAUCCAGACAUUGAAUGUGACGUCUUUAUUUUAAGCUAUCAUUAUUGUUACCGUUGCUUUUUAAUGUUUCUAUCGUUAUUAUUUUCAAUUAAUCUUUCUGCUCUCGAGUUUGAUUUUUCUUCUAAGUUGUACUUUUUGCUUUUGUUUGGUCGGCUAGAGGAAGAAAAACGUAUUAAAGUGAAUUUUUGGCUUUUUAUUGAUAAAAUAUUGACUAUUUUAACAUUUUAUGUAUGCAUUUGUGUAUAUAUAUAUAUAUAUAUAUAUUAGCAUGUAGUAGAAGUAUGUGUGUUUGACAAAUUUUUUCUAUUUAUGAAAGAUAAUUCUGGCUGAUUGAGUUUGUUGAUUUAAUGAUGUUUGGUUGGACUUCUUGAUUGAUUAGUUGAAUAUUCAUUGAUUUGAUAUGUUGAUUGUUCAUUAAAUGAUUUAAUUGAUUAAAAACUACAAUCCCUCGAAUCAUUGAUUAAAAAAUUACUUGUAUUAUGUACCAUCUUUUGUUUCAUGUUUUUGAGAUUCAAAUUCGCGAGUUUGUUUGGUGAUGGGUGGUAAUUAACGUAACGAGAAAAUAACACAUCUGACUAUAAUGUUCAUUCAUUUCUGAGAACUUUGCAACAAUUUUGUAAUAAAAAUCACGUGUAAAAACUCUCUCUCUCUCUCUCUAUAUAUAUAUAUAUAUAUAUAUAUAUGUGUGUGUGCGCCCAGCAGCGUAAUUAUUGCAAUAUGAAUAGCAUUUUUAAGAAAUUUUUUUAUAAAAUUCGCGAAAAAAUUUAGUUUGUACGUAUAGAUUAAAAACCAAAUCAUGCACAAUGGUGAGUUAUACAUGAAAGCUAGCGCUUCAAUUAAUCGCACAUACAUCAACCGACCAAUCAGUCAACUGAACAGUCAUGUAAUAAUCAUCCAAUGUACAUGUAUACAAGUAGUACGUCAAUCAAUCAACUAAUCGCCAGCCAAUCAUAAUGCACAUGUACACAUCAAUCAUUCAGUCAACCAACCAAUCACAAGCACACUGAUUUAGACUAAUUAUUCACACAUACGUACAUAUGUGAAGUUUCAUUUUAGAUUUAUUUCGUAAAUUAAUACUUAUGCUGGUAAGUAACUUAAAUAUUCCAGUAUAUCUCAAUAAAUCAAUUAAGGCUUAAUAGACCAAUCAGCCAGCCAGCCAACCAAUCAGCCAGCCAACCAAUCAGCCAGCCAGCCAGUCAAAAAGAUGUUCCAUGACUAAUAUCUAGACUGAUUGUACGACGAUUG